ACCGCCACCUACCGAUCCGGAGUGUGAACCUCACUGCUUUCUUCUUCUGCUUUUGUCUUUGGAAACAAACGAAGUGCUGCCGCCAUCACGUGUCGAACAACUGUUACUGCAACUUUUUGACACGUACACUAAAACGCGACUGCCUCUCACGCAUUUGACUGUCUUGGUCUCCAAACGCUCUCACGCCACACCCCCAUUGUCCAAGGUUGCGCUCUGGGAGGAGUUCUGUGUGUUUUCAAGCCAAUCAGGGCGAGCGGAAACAGGUCAGGUAGCUGAAGAGGACCUCGGAGAAAGCACAAGGCAGGGCAGUGGAGCCACGCGCAUUAGGAGGUCAGUGGAUACACCGAGGGGGGAGUAUGUCCAAACCUUCAUCCAACGUUAAGGCCUUGCAGGCUAAUUUGAACAUCCCGAUGGGAGCUCUGCGUCCAGGGGCGGGACUUCCUGUGAAGAGGAGAGAGGAGACAGGAGACACGGAAGAGGGUCAGCCACCAGAACCACAGCCGCGGACGCCAGACGAAAAGAAACCAUUGCCAGGUGCAAAGUUACCCGGGCCUGCUGUGGACCUCUCAGAGCUGCAAAACAAAAAGAGCGAACUACGAUGGGUCACUAAAGACUAAUGACCAUUUUUUACCAAACGAAGAGGAUGAACAUAAUCUUCAUUAGCAGAGAUUCCACCGCUGCUAACAGCUAAGCUUUGAUCGCCAGAGAUAAAGCCACCUUCAUCACCUCUCAUCUAAUCAAAACUACAGAUCCGAAUGUAUUUAUCAUAAAACAAAUCCAUAAAUCCUACAUUUCUGAUGCUGAAGAGACUUGAGUUGAAAUUUCUAUGAAGAAAAUGGGAAUUUGUGUUUGUCAUUUUCUGUUCUUGAAGAGUUUUUGAGAUAUUUCUAAUUAACUGAUGAAGGAUAUACAUAAAAAAUUGUUGUGUCGGAUGGGAACCUUGUAAUGUUGUUUACUGUUACAUUUCCCAGGAAAUUAUUAAUGCUGUAAUAAAUCUAAUAAAGUCCA